AAAUGUGGGCGGCCAAAGUGUAUUGAAAGUGUUUACUCCAUUGGGAUGUGCUUGUAUAUAUUCAGGGCCCCUAGGUCAGUAAUCUCAUAGUGUAUUAAAAAGCAUCUCAUCUGGCAAGGUCCUGGAAACUUUUCUGAGAUUCUGCCCCAGGACACUGACUUUCAACAGGAUGAAGACUGCAACCUGUUCCCUUCUCAUCUGCGUCUUCCUUCUCCAGCUGAUGGUCCCAGUGAAUACUGAUGGAACCUUAGACAUUAUUGGGAAGAAAAAGGUCAAGGAACUUCUAGCCCAUCAAGAUAACUAUCCCUCUGCUGUAAGGAAGACCCUCUCAUGCACUAAUGUCAAGUCUAUGAGCAAAUGGGCCUCCUGCCCUGCUGGGAUGACUGCUACUGGUUGUUCUUGUGGCUUUGCCUGUGGAUCUUGGGAAAUCCAGAAUGAAAAUAUUUGCAACUGCCUGUGCUUAAUCGUUGACUGGGCCUAUGCCCGCUGCUGCCAACUGUCCUAAGAAUGGAGAGGCACAGAACUCAGCUUUGAUAUGAUGAGUCUAACAAAACUGCAAUCUCAACUUGGAAAUCUGACUCAUGCGCAUUUGAUGUAUUCAUAUUGCCCAUUAACCCCGCUUCUUGAAAAAAUAAAGACAAAUUUACAUCUUUC